AGUGGAGUUGGCACUUACUGGCUUUGUUUCUGGCUUGGGAAAUUAGUUCAUUGAGAUGCUAUUUACUGAGAUGAAAAACAUGAGUGGGUUUGUGUAAGAUGAUGGGUAAGUCUGAUGUUCCUGUUGGACAGCUAAAUGGAACUGUGUGGUCACAAGGAAAAAAUGCAAGUUACAUUGUGAGCUGCCUUCCAGAAUUUAUGGUAGAACUUUGCUGACAUUGCUAUUGAUGCCAAUGUGGAAUAAAGUAUCUGGAGUCCGUCUUUCGCCAGCGUCUCCUGAGAGUGUACUGGACUAUGACCACUCUUCUCGCUCAGUUGGCUGCCUCUCUCCUGAUGCCAUCAUUUCAUCACCUGAGAACACACAUGUAGACAACAGCAUCAUGAAUCAGACUGUUUCUAAAGCACAGAUUCAGCAAUCAACACACACUCAUCUGGAUAUCUCACUUUUUCCAUUGGGUUUAACCGAUGAGAAAAGUAAUGGAACAAUUGCCAUUGUGGAUGAUGCUGAGGAUCCUGGAGCCAAUGUAUCAAACAAACAGCUUCAGCAAAAAAUAUCAAGUCUGGAGAGUAAACUCAAAAUGUCUGAAGAAGAAAAACAGAGAAUUAAAAAGGAUGUGGAGUCAUUGAUGGAAAAGCACAGUGUCUUAGAAAAAGGCUUCUUAAAAGAAAAAGAGAAAGAGGCCAUUUCUUUUCAAGACAGAUACAAAGAACUUCAGGAAAAACAUAAACAAGAAUUGGAAGACAUGAGAAAAGCUGGUCAUGAAGCCCUCAGCAUUAUUGUGGAUGAAUAUAAGGCACUGCUGCAGUCUUCAGUUAAGCAACAAGCAGAAGCUAUUGAAAAACAGUACAUUUCUGCAAUUGAGAAGCAAGCACACAAGUGUGAGGAGUUGCUAAAUGCGCAGCACCAGAGGCUCCUAGAAAUGCUCGAUACCGAGAAGGAACUGUUAAAAGAAAAAAUAAAGGAAGCUUUGAUUCAGCAAUCUCAAGAACAGAAGGAAAUAAUGGAAAAAUGUUUGGAGGAAGAAAGGCAGAAAAAUAAAGAGGCAUUGUUAUCUGCUGCAAAGUUGGAGAAAGAAAUAGUGAAGGAUGCAAUUUUAAAAGCCAUAGAAGAAGAAAGAAAAAAUUUGGAAAAAGUGCAUGCUGAAGAAAGGGAAUUAUGGAAGACAGAACAUGCAAAAGAUCAAGAAAAAGUAUCUCAGGCAAUUCAAGAAGCUAUAGAAGAACAAAGAAAAAUAAGUCAGGAAACUGUUCAGGCAGCAAUAAUAGAAGAGCAAAAGCGAAGUGAAAAGGCUGUGGAAGAAGCAGUGAAAAGAACAAGAGAUGAAUUGAUAGAGUAUGUAAAAGAACAGAAAAGGCUUGAUCAAGUCAUCCGCCAAAGAAGUCUGUCCAGUUUGGAACUCUUCCUCUCCUGUGCUCAGAAACAGUUAAGUGCUUUAAUAGCUACGGAGCCCAUUGACAUUGAAUAAAGAGAACAUGACAAGCUAACCCACACUGGCAUUGGAUAAAUUAUUAGACCUCUAAAAUACAUGCUGUGAAUUAUAAAGAUGCUUUUGUUUCCUUUCCAAACCUUGGAGAAUUGAUUUCCAGUUCAAGGAUAAAGCAAAACAAUAGUUAGAAGAACUAUCAAGUAAUCUAAUUUAUUUUCUUUUAUUUCUCCUUUACAUUUGCUAUUAUUUUAUUAGUGACAGUAGCAGCAACAGGGUCUAGGACCCAAAAGCCAUCAAAAAGUGCCACAUCAUCAAAAGUUAAUUAAGGGAAUAUGCCUCUGGUGGCCUGUUAUACUGUAUUUGCCAAGAGGAGUAAAUAUCUUUAUUGCCACCUCACCAUCACUCUUGAUAAGAGGCUAGAAUAUAACCAUACAUUUCUCUGAUUUUGAGGAUAGAAAUAGCAUGGAUUUCAACAUCACUUAUGUAUCUAUGUAACUUGGAUGUAAAAUGGCUGAUAGGACAGAGAAUCAUUCUAUUACCAACUUCUUUUCUACAGUUGGAGCUAAUAUUUUCAUCGUCUACUGACAACACACAAAAAGUAAAAACACUAAAAAUUACUAUAUUCAUUCAGCUUUGAACAGCUCUGCCAUUUAAAGGAGUAUGUGUUAUAUAUGCUUAUUUCCUAUUUCUGUCUUCAAAGGCACUAUGAAUCAGUAAAAGUAACUUUUCUUAUGAACCAAACCUUAAAUUGAAUCUCUAGGAAGAGAAUGUAAAUCAGUCAUUUAUAGAAAUUCAACUUCUAAUGUAAGAUAUAUGAAGCCUUUUGCCAGAACUUCAGAAUGUACUUACUUCAUGAGCAUUGUGCUUCAAUGCAAAAUCAUGAGUAUUUUUAACAUCAAAACCAAAAUGUCAUUAAAAUGUAUGUAUGCAAACAUUUUGUCUUAUUUUUUGAAAUGCUUCUACUUUCAUGGCCUUUGUACUUUUCUGGAAUAUCUCAAUGCAAUAAAACAAGCUCUAAAAACUCA